UUUCCUCCUAAAAGGCUCUCUCUCUCUCUCCCUCUCUCUAUAUAUAAACUUAACGCCCAAGAAUUUAUCCACAGAUCCAGAAAAUCCCCAAACAAAUCAUAACUCAAAAGUUAAAAGACAUGAAGCAACAACAUUUCUUGGUCGCCUUCUUCCUCGUCCUGUUAAGCUUCCUCCUGUUUGUGAAUCUGAGUGAAGGAAGACCAAGAGUUGCAGAGGAAUAUUGGAAGAACGUGAUGAAGAAUGAGCCAUUACCUGAACCAAUCAAAGAUGCUCUUAACAAUCCAUUUAGGGCAGGGAACGAGAGGUUCGCCAAGAACUUCAACACCAAAUCUGUCGUCAUCAUUUACCACAAUCCUAAUGUAUAAGUGAUUAAAUCAAUGUAUCGGGUUAUACAUGCACGUCUAUGUGUGUGUUAUUUAAGCAAAUAAGAUAAUAACAUCUGUUUGAGUUGUUAUAGACUUA